AAUAUUAUAUACCCAUCCGAUCCUUAGAAUGAACAGUAAAUACCAAGAGAAAAAGAGAAUAAAAAAGCCAAAACAUCCUAACUUACUAAAAUCUAACUACUCAGGAGCAUCACUGGAGGAUGUUAACAUAUUAGAUGAUUCGUUACAAUAUUCGCAGCGAUGCGCUCUUGUAGCUAAAGAUUCCGAAUGGAUAGAUAUAAUAGGAAGACCUUCAAAUCAAACAAAUUAUUGUAAUACUCCUUCAGGAGAAGAAAUUGCACAACCGGAAAACGAAUCUCAAAUUCAGCCAUUAACCCUUAUGUUUCCAAACUUAUUACAAGAACCGGCGGAAACCUUGGAAGCUAUUGCUAACAAAACUCUAUCCACAACAGAAGUUACCAAACAUCUCAUUGGUCACAAAGCACACUUUGAAUUACUGAAGAAAGUCAACCGCUUGAUACCACCAGAAAAGGAAUGGUUACCACCAUUAUCUGAAUGCAGUAACUCUGCCGAUUCCAGUGACUUUUCGGUCAAUGACAAAAGCCUAUCCUCAGCAGGUAGCAAACAAAAAAUAUGGACCCCAAAUUUGGCUCCUUAG